AUGAAUGAAGGAAACUAUUCUGAAAUAUCUGAAUUUAUAUUCCUGGGACUAUCAGUCUACAGACCAACACAAUAUUACCUCUUUGCAUUCUCUACAAUAUCAUAUGCAACAAUUUUUAUAGGAAAUUUUUCAGUUGUGUUUACCAUGAUCCUUGACCCUCAUUUGCAUUCGCCCAUGUACUUCCUUUUAGCUAAUCUUUCAUUUAUUGACUUUUGUUUUUCUACCUUAACAGUCCCUAAGUUGAUUUCUGGCCUGUACUCAGGUCAUAAUAUCAUUUCAUUCCAGGGUUGUAUCUUCCAGAUGUUUGUCCUUCAUCUCCUUGGGGGAUGUGAGAUGGUGUUGUUGGUAGCCAUGGCCUGGGACAGAUAUGUGGCCAUAUGUAAACCCCUCUACUACCUGACCAUCAUGAGCCCACGGAUGUGCCUUUUGCUUCUGAUUGGAGCCUGGAUUAUUGGUCUCAUUCAUUCAGUGGCUCAGUUAGUUUUUGUUGUCCAUCUGCCGUUUUGUGGUUCUAAUGAGAUAGAUAGUUUUUAUUGUGAUCUUCCUAGGUUCAUCAAACUGGCCUGCAUAGACAACUACAGAAUGGAGUUCUUGGUUACAGCUGACAGUGGAUUAAUUUCUCUUAGUACCUUCUUCUUAUUGAUUGUCUCCUACAUCUUCAUACUGUUUACUGUAUGGAAGCAGUCCUUGGGAAGUUUGUCCAAGGCUCUCUCUACACUUUCUGCUCACAUCACUGUGGUGGUUUUGUUCUUUGGACCAUGCAUCUUCGUGUACAUGUGGCCAUUUCCUACUGUGCCAGUGGAUAAGUUUCUUGCCAUCCUGGACUUCAUGAUUACACCCAUCCUGAACCCUGCCAUCUACACACUGAGAAACAAAGACAUGAAGGUGGCAAUGAAGAGAGUGAGUAAACAGCUUCUGAAUAGAAAAAGUAUCUCCUAA